AUGUCUAUCAUUUGGCGCGCAGCCCUCAUCCUGGUUCAGGCUGUCUUCAACCAGGCAGCCUGUACUCCCCCCAACAAGACCGAGGAAAAGUUCCGUUACCACACACAGGAACCUUUGCUCUUGCGAAUCGCUCCCGUAAUAUUCAAGCUCCACACCGUUGGACUCUGGUGGAUCGCCGUGCUGGAGGGAGUAGCUGCAAUUAACCGUGUCAUCGGGACUUCGUUGUCACCUUCGCUCUCAGCCUAUCUUGACGCAGCGCUGCUUUCCCCAUCUCGUUCUCAGAAGCUUCUCACACCCAUCUUUGUCACUGGUAUCUUCCUUUCUGUUAUAGGUUCAUGCAUCCGUGUCCGCUGUUUCCAGGAACUCGGUCAAUUCUUUACGUUCGACCUCACCAUACAUCCUGAUCACAAGCUAAUUACCUCGGGUCCUUAUUCAUAUGUUCGCCACCCGGCGUAUACGGGGUCUCUGCUUCUCCUCAUAGGCGUCACUUUCUCCCAUCUCACUGCUGGCAGCCUUGUCGUCGAAUAUCUGUUCGGCUCGGAUGGGGCAGUACUCGUGUGGGCAAUCUGGUGGAUUUGGACGAUCGCGGUUGCGCAGAGUCGCGUGGUCGCCGAAGACCAAGAACUACAAAAACGCGUGGGCUCCGAGUGGGAUGUGUAUGCUGCUAAAGUCAAGUACAGGUUAAUCCCUGGUGUACUGUAA